GGUACGUCGCUAAAAAUAAAUCACAAGAAAAAAGCAUAAGCGACUAAAAUAUAGAGAUAUAUUUUGGGUGAUAGAUGUUAGAAAUACAGUCGUUAAAAAAACUCCCAAGGCAACUGUCAUGGCCGUUCUUGCGCGUGACCUGACACGCACUAAUGAGAAUAGGAUGUCCCUUACUAUUGUAACCUCCCACUCAAACCAGUUUUAAUUUACCCUCUUUUAUAAAGUCAAAUAACAUUAUAGUUAUUCGCAAACAUUGAAUUACAUUAUAGUUAUUUCGAAAUGUGAAAAUAUGUCAACGAAAUAUUUGCUUUCAAUUUUCAGAACUUACAAUAAUAUGUUACCAAUUGUUGACAUUUACGUGUUGAAGGCAGACGUGAUUUAUGAUAAAUAUUUUACAGAUCUAUCUUGGGUAGAAUGACAAAAUGUCUAUCUACAUAUUUACUCGUGCGAUAGAACCGUCAAACAAGAUGGCACCGAAAUAUGUUUAUAUUUUGUUAAAUAUAAACAUAUUUCGGUGCCAUCUUGUUUGCCAUGGAAGGGAAAAUUACACACUUAUCUUUGUUAUUAAGCCUUAUCUUAUAUUCGUUCCGAUCUUUCUUCCUUUCAAUGUAAUCGAUUCUGAGAUCUUAAACGCUUCAUAUCUUGUGCGGAACCAUUGUAACGAUAGAUAUUGUAGGUAUAGAUACAACGUGGUUACAACACUAUUCGUUCGGAGUCGCGACACGUCGGAAGGCCAAAGUUAAUUCAGUGCGGAAACCUUAGCCAACAGCUAGACCUGGGAUCGACGACCGGAUACCAUAAUAAACCACUGUAAAUAUUCUCAUUUCGCGACGACUAUUAACUAAAUCAUCACACAAAAUAUAGGCCACGCUGACAUUAUUUUUAUCAACUCGCACUCAAUCGAAUAAAAAUCGAUUUGUACGCGGAAUCGUCUUCAAAGUAAUCGCCAUUUAAAUAUUAGAUCUGUAAAUCACCGAGCAGCUACUAUUCUGAGUAGCGAAUCGAUUCAAUUUCAUUGAUUUGUUUCGAUUACAUUGCAUAACAAAAUCGAUUUGUGAAUUUACUUGCAAUAAACGCUGUUGACUGCGGAAAAAUAUAUUUACGUACUUAUUAUUUCUGUUGCUCCGGCCAGUUUACUCUCAUUGUCACGGCCGUUAUCAGAGGUCGUCUUGAACGUCCGAAGACUACAAUGUUAGCUCUAUUUAACCUCUAGCGGCUCUAGCCAAUGAAACCGAAAAACUGCUGUUCUAAUUGAUUUAACAAACGUGAUAACAAACAUGCAUAUUGAAGUGCAAGUCGCCCUAAAUUUCGUCAUAUCGUACCUGUACAACAAGUUACCAAGACGACGCGUCAACAUCUUCGGUGAGGAGUUGGAGAAGGCGUUGAAGGACAAGUUCAGGGGGCACUGGUACCCCGAUAGGCCGUGCAGAGGCUCGGCGUUCCGGUGCCUGAAAACGGGAGGCCCACUAGACCCCGUGCUGGAGAGAGCAGCGCGAGAAUCAGGAGUCCCAGUACGAGAUGUCCUUGAACACCUACCGCGGGAUCUCGCCGUCUGGGUCGAUCCAGGCGAAGUAUCAUACCGCAUUGGGGAAAAGGGCGCGGUGAAGGUGCUCUUCAGUAGCGACGAGCGAGCAGCCGACGAGAGGACUGAUCGAGAGGUUACUCGUGCGUUCAACCCUGAGGCGCAGUGCUUCCGGCCCGUUGAGCCAGCGGCGGCGCCAUCACCCCCCGCGCCAGCUGCCUUCUCUCCAGCGCCACCCUUCCGGGCGCAACCUCUCACAUUCACGACAGCGACUUUUGCGCAGACCAAGUUCGGAAGCACGAAGUUGAAGACGAGCAGCAAACGCGCGAACCGCAUGUCUCCCACCGAGUUCAGCAACUACAUCAAGCAGCGCGCGAUGCAGCAGCAGCUGGCGGCGCGCGCGCUGUCGCCCGCCUCGGACCCCGCGGCGUACUUCGUCGCGCGGCGCGAGCCCGCCCCGUCCUCUGCGCCCCCGUACCCGCCAGCGCCGGCGCACCUGCUGCUCGCCAACUGAGCCGCGCAUGCGCGCUAGCCGCACCGCGCGACCCGCUCAUAGAGUCUUUACUUUUUUACGAGAGAGACGCGCGCCGCGAUUUAUUUUUUUAUUUUCCGCGGGGGCGUCCCGCGCCGCCCGCCGCUUGUGAUAUCCGUACGAUUUUCCAUAACUUUUUGUAUUCUCGUUCGUUACGUCGAUGUGUAAAUUUAUCGAUAGGAGCAAUAAUCUGCCGCGCGACUCGCCGGCGAUUUAUUUUCGUAAUAUUUAAUGCUGAGUCAAGUUUUUGAUGUCUUCGUUCGAUAUCGAUAUAUUCGUAGGGUGUAAGGGAGCGAGAGGCCGACUGGCCGCGUGCGCUUACGACGACGUACCUUCUAGAGCGAGCCUGUAUACAUACGUCCUCCGACUAAGAAAAAUACUGAUAUUUAAAUAUGUAUACAUAAUAUAUAUUCGUACGCGAUAAUCGUCUAAUUUUUCACGUGGAAACGAGGCCAAUAGAGAAAUUACGUAUUUUUAAUAUUGAAAUUGAUAAAUAAUUCAUACUUACUAUUAUAGUGUACUAGUACCUACGUAUUGUACUCGUACGUCGUAACUCGUAAUAAAUAAUUGCAUAUCCGGUGGGACGUGGUCGGACGGCGGCGGGCCGCCCGAAGGCGUCGGAGAUCUCACAAAUAGUGAUAAUGAGCAUCACUCGUACGAUUGUGUACCCUUGUAAUAAUAAUUAUUAUAAUACUAUACAUAAUAUAUAAUAGGUUUAGCUACGUUUCAAUCUAACAGUAUUUUUUUAAGAAGAUAUUAGUCCUUGUGUACAUUUGCCGGUCGACCGCGUCGCGGCGCCCGGCCUUAGCGUGUAUGGUAUACUUAUAUUGUUAUAAAAGACAUGAAUAUGGAUAAAUGAUAGAAAAAAUAUUUCUCAAUUCAAAUUAAGAAUAACGGGUGCAUGCAAAUUCAUAAAUAAAUACUAUGUGUUAUUUAUCUUUUUUAUAUUUCACUUGGCGGUCGGUGCAGUUUUUCAAUGGUCAGUAGAGUAUGUGCAGUGGUAGGCAUGCUAGUGGUGUAUCAGUGCGCACUGCACGCCCGCGUUCCAUGCACAACACUCACAUUUUGUACCUAAACUGAUAUGUACAACUAUUUUUUACUAUUUUUAUAUUUUGAUUUAGAAUUAAGCCUAGUUGUAUGGUUUCAACCUUAACGUGUACUUUAUUAACGCCCUAUUAUUAAAUUAUUACGUAAUAAUAUGUAAUAAUAUCGGUGAUUACGAUUGUCGAUUGAGAAACUGACCGAAAUGCUACAGUAUUUUGUAGAUAAAAUCUAUAAUGUAAGUUUAAUAAUAAUACAACAUAGCGUAAAGAGAUUUUUUAUUAUAAAGAUACUUUUUAUUUUUCUUUCUUUUGUAAGAUAUAUUCGAUGGAAGUGUUAAAGAUAAUAUAAUAUUUGCAUAAUAUAGUAAAUGCGGCUCUCCAUGUCCGCUAAUAUAAUUAGUCAAUAAUAAUUUUUCAUAUUGUUGUACGACUUUUUAAGUUUAUAUUAAAAUGUUUUGUGCAAUCUAUUCUGAGUCUUAUUACAACCCAUUACAGUACCCACAAUCGAAUAAUGGAAUUAUUCUGAAGUUCUAAAAGCUCUACAUGAGACGAAAGAAGAAAACAGGCGAGAAGAUAUAUUGCUUAUAUCCAAACAGUUACCCAGCAUCACUACAAAACGCCUCAUCCAAACAAAAAAGUAUAAAAUGAAAAAUUCUGUGAACGUAACUUUUGCACCUGUCUGUGCAAAUGUCCAUAACCAUUGACAGGUGCAAUAUUUGCUCUGUGUGCACAGGUGCAUUGCUCAUAAUUAUGUCGGUAUUAAAAUAAAAUAAGGUAUCAGAAUAUAAAAAUUAAAGACAUAAAUAAUAAUCAUUAAGUCACUUUAUUAUCAAACCACAAAGAUGACAAAAGUGUACCUCAUCUAUGGACAAUAUUCACAUUCAUUACAGACGCCGUCAAGUACAAAAAUAUUUAUGCAAUAAUGAACCUUAUGGCUUUAAUACUCUUACAAUAAAACACAAAAUAUCCUAAAACGAUAAUACGAAUAGAGGAAUAAAAAUCCAGAUGACCAUUUCAUAUUAAUUGAUUUGAAUACAAUGUCUGUGCUUUGGUCUAAGACAAAAGAUUUAAAAUUGGUCAAUUAGAUUAACCAACCGUCUUACUACUAGUUAACAAAUUAAUGUAAAAGUUUAUUUAAAGAAUAGAGGAGACACAAUGCAGUAAAAAAUAAACCUAUUCGCUCGGCAGUUUGCAGUAAAUCCAUCUUUAUAUUUCACGGCGUCCCAACCAAUGAUCAGCAAUUGACUAUUUUCAUUAACAAAUUUUAACUUUUUCAUAUAAAAUCGUACUCAAUCCAGGAAGGAAACCUUACUUCAUAUCACUUAAUUUGUACAUCACUCGAGAAAUGCGAAGUUAUCAAAAACACCGAAGGAACACAGCUUGAUUGCUUCAACAUACAAGUCAUUCAAUUAUUUCUGCUCAAAUUGAUUAUUUACUUAUUUACACUGCAAAGUAAUAUGGUAGAGGACUGAUAAACUAAAUAUUUUGAAUAAUAUAAUCAUGAUUCAGAUCGUGAUUAAAAAAUUUAAUACCGUAUUUUAUCGUCGACGCUAAUAUCACUACUACAAACUAAAUAUGAAAUAUAUAAAUUCCAUCAUUAUUUUGAAGUAUAUAUUUACAGUGUACAAUUUAAAGAUACACUUUAAUUUACAGGAACAUUUUAAUAUCUAUUAAGAAUUUAUGAUAUAAUUAUAUCCAGUUAUCAUUAAGAAAACGGAAGAUAUAUAUAUUUUGGCACUGGUCGACAGUGGGAACAGAACUCUAUGUGUAAAAGUAUAAAGACGUUAUUAACAAUAUCCAAAGUCUUAGAUGAAUCCUUAAGUCUUACUUUACAAAUAUUUCCAGAUUUUAGGCCUUUAUCACCUACCUACCUACUGUUACAAAAUUAUAUUUGUCACCAUAGAUGAGGCGAUAUGCCCUUAGUGGUUCACAUAGAAUAUAUAUUAAAAUUACUAAAAAUAAUCAGUACAUUUUAGUGAAACAGAAAUGACCUUACCAUAUUAUACCAAAUCAAUAACUCAUUAAAUCCCAAAUUACAAUUAAAAUAACUAUUUAAUAUUUACAAAAUAAGCAACUAACGUAAUUUAAAGAAAAACGCCUAUGACCAUAAUAUUUGUCGAUUUUAAAAAUAAUCAUACAUAAUAAGAAACAAAUUCCUACACACAUAAACACUGUUUGACUGAUUUUGACUAUGUUCCACAAUUUUGGCCCGUUAUUCCAAUAUUCAAAAAUAGAAUAGUUUACUAUCAUUAUUUACUUAAUUAUCAUAAUUUAUUUAGUAAAUCAUGAUAAGUACUUACGCUACUACAGACAUUAGUGUCCAAGUGAGUCCACAUAACUAUUACAUCAAGUCGAAUCUGUAACAGUCUUCAUAUCACUAUGGACAGAAUAGUAAUAAUAAAUAACACAAUUCGUGAGCAAAGGCUUUACGAGAACAAACAAAGACGAAAAUAAAUCUUGGUUCUCAUUCCAAAUCAAUAGGAGAAAUUACAUCGUCCAAGGGCGACAGAACAAUAUCAGAUCGUUCCUAUACAGCCGAGCUGUGACAAUAUUGUGCCUGUAUAGAACAAAUGUAUGUACAAUGUAAAGCCGUUGGUAUCAAACAUACUGACACCACAAAAGAAAAAAGAAAUUAAAAUUACGAGUAGUAGAAACGCGUUACGGUUUCAUUUAACUUUAAUAAUUAUUUUAUCCUAUUCACGAGACAUCGCUCGUCUCAGCCGAAGAUCAGUGAGCCAUUUCGAUGUGCCGCUGUAAGCUCUUUUUGUUCAUAUAAAACCUAUCGCACAUGGCACACGGGAAAAAAACUUUUUCGUUGUCGGCGUGUCGCGCACGUGUGUGCGACGACAAGUCCAGCGCUCGAGCGAAAUACACUUUACAAAUAUUACAGAAGAAUUUGGUGGGUGUGGCAUGCAUAGUGCGGUGGGCGAUGAGGUCUCGGGGAGUGGCCACGCCAUCACCACAUUGUGCACAAGUGAAUUCUCCUGGUGGAGGCACAGGAACAUUUCCGUCGUCACUCUCUUCCGCAGAUUCUUCUUCUUCACCAUGAUGCCUCGCUCGAUGCGCUCUCAACGCUUCAUCACUAUCAUACUGGGCGCCACACAAAUCACAAGAGAACAUAUCAUCGUCCCCUUGGCCCGUGGCCGAAGAACUACCUUCACCACUCUCAUAAUGCUUCUUCAUAUGAAUAAGCAACGUCGACUUUCUUGUAAAGCUCUUAUCACAGACCGGACAAAAUACAGAAUUAGGUUGAUGCACCUCAUCCAUGUGACGUUGGUAUGCCGCCCGUUUCGUAAACUCUUUGUCACAAAUCGUACAGUACCUAUCCUCAAUGGAACCAGAGUUUUGCGUAUCCAUGUCCACUGAGUCAUCUGAUCGUAAUUUCUUAUUCGGGUUCACAACUGUUACUUCCACUUCUGGCGGUAGCCUUCUUUUAGCAACACUUGCACUCACAGGUGUUGAGGUAUGUGUGACCUUAGCAAGUUGUGAAGGAUCAAUAACUUCAUGUUUGCUUAUUUUACUAGUUACUUUGUGCUGAGGCAUCCAAAGUCCAGAAUUGUUGGCAGCUGCUUUACCAUCAGGCGAACGUAAAUGCCAACCACGAUGACUUUUUAGUGCAGAAAUUGAUGUAUAACUCUUAUGACAAAUCUCACAGUCAAAUGUCUGCGGCUGAGCAGGAAGUUGGUUGAUACAUUGGUGGUUUUGUAAUGCUAACAAACCAACAAAUUGUUUGCCGCACGUGUCACACGGGUAUCGCGCCUGAUAAUCAACACUAGGAUCUGCAGAUUCCUGAUCAUUUUCAUAAUCAGGUUCUACUUCUUGAGGUAUAUCUUGAGAUUUACUGGAACCUUGAUUAGCGUUGUAACCCAACAGUUCUCUGGCGUGCGCAGCUUUCAAAUGUUCAUAUAAUUCUAAGGUUGAAGUUAGAGGUUUACCACAUAUUUUGCACAUUUGAACUGUAGAUUUGUGAACAUUUUUUCGGUGGCGAUAAUAAGAUUUCUUAUCGGAAAAUGUGAUUCUACAUAUAGUGCAGCUAGACCUACUACUGCCUUCUCCGCCGCUAGCCGAUGGAGUCGUAGUGUCAUUGCUACCACUAGUACCAGGAUUUACGAUUCCGUGUUUAGCACGCUUGUGUUUCCACAAACUGGUCUUAAGUGGGAAACGUUUGAAGCACAGUUCACACGAGUAUGGCAUUGUUUCUGUAUUUGAUUGUUGUACAUUGUUCGGGAAAUUUGUGAAAUUAAAACUAUUAAAUUGAGGCGUAGAUAGAAUGGCACCGUUCUCGUCUGGGUUGAAUUCCUCCUCUUCCGUGGAAGCUUGCAUGGUAUUCUCUUCACUAUCAUGUCUAUCAGCCAAAAUAUCAGCAUGCAAAACUUUCUUAUGUUUCCAAAUAUUCUUCUUGUGCAUGAAUCCUUUCCCACAAAUGUCACAAGAGUAUGGAGCGUUAGGAAUAUUGUAAUUAGGUUUAAACCAUGAAAAUCCAGGUUGAGCCACCGGAUAUUGCUUGAUGGGCUUAACAACAAUUUGAGGUGCCGAGCCCUUAACUAUACCUGGCUUUCUGUUAGUAGUAGGUACUUUAGCGUGAAUGCGCAUAUGAUUUGAAUAAGCCUGUCGGCUUUUGAACGAUCUUAUGCAGAUAUCGCAGAAGAAUUCGGCCUCUGUGGGUACAACCGGACCGAGACCUGCAUGUGCUUCUUGCACGUGUUCAGAGAGUUUCUGCGGAGUGCCGUAAGAGUUCGGACACACACUGCAGGGGUAGAAUUUAACCCGCAAGUGAGUGUUCUUAUGCUCUGCCAGCUCUGAGGGACGUAGGAACUUCUUCUCACAUUGGUCGCAAUGGUGGGCAAUUUGAUUAUGUUCUGCCACUUGAUGGUCUGUCCAUGCAUCGACAGUUUCGAAAAUAGCGUUACAUUCUGUGCACGAGUAGUGAUACUCUUCUGCUUCUUCCUUCACAAUAGACAUGUCUGGUUCAGCAACCAUGCCUAAAGUUCUAUCAGAAUGCUCCAUGUAAAUGUGUUUAUUCAGAUCUGUAGCUUGUUCAAAUUUAGCAUCACAAUGCUGACAAUAAUGAGGCUUCUCUUCACUGUGUAUUAUCUUCAAAUGUUUCACUAAAUUAGGAUAGCUACUGUUUUUCUUUCCACAUAGUGGACAGUCAGUUGGUCGGCCAUCCACACAUUUGCUCUGGUUAUCAGAUUGAUCGAAACUGCCAGCAUGAACGGCUAAAGCGUGAUCGUUAAAGUCCUGCAUGUUCACGAACUUUUCCGAACACAAGUCGCACGCUACAUAAACUGUGCAAUCGCCUUUACGGAUGUGUUUUUUAAGUAAACUUUUAUCUUUGAAUCUAGCACGGCAGUGGACACAGGUAAGCGGCACCCGGGAUUGUCCAUCUUCAUGAGUAUCUAAGACAUGCUUCAUAAUAAACUGUUUAAGCUGGAAUUUGGCUGGGCAAAGCUUGCAGGCGUAAGAUCUGGCGUUAAAGAUAUCUUUGUAUUGGACCUUGACUUCUUUAGGUUCGUCUUCCAGUACUUGAUCGUCUGUGAUACCAUUUUCAUCGUAAAUAAUCUUCCACAAGUUAGUGCACGUAUUCGACCUCAUAUGGCUUAGCAAGGCACCGAUAUGUCCGAACGUGAUGACACAAUUGUAACAAGUAUGUUUGGGCACUUUGUGUCCGUUCUUUUGUAAAUGUUGUAUAACGGCUUUCCUACGUGGAUGUUCACGGUCGCAACAUAAACAACGUUUCGUGUUAAUUUGUUGAAUGAUGUCACGAUAUUUCUGGAUGAAAUCUCUUUGAGUUUUUGUAACAUAGGUCUUGUCAGGAUCAAGUACUUUGGGCUCGGGCUCUUCAUCGUCAAGGGUCUCAUUGGGGUCGGCUGUCUCAUCAAGUUCUUCGUCAUCUUCGUUGACUUCACUAUUAAACGAAUUACCUUGAAUUCCUUCAUUAAUUUCAACGACGGGUGCCAAUGACAUUGGAAGGUCAUCAUCAUCUUCCUCUUCGUUCUCAUUAUGAUUCAUUUCAGAUUCCUCGUGUUCUCCAUCUUCUUGACCCUCAUCAUCCUUCAUAUCACCUUCAGUUUCAGGUUUAACAUCCAUACUGUCCUCCUCUUCCAUGUUCUCUUGACUUUCUACUGUGUCGUCAUUGCCAUCUUUUUCGUUGUCGCUUUGACCUCCUUCCAUAUUGUUGUCAUCGUCACCUUGCUCGAUAUUAUCUUCUCCGUCAACAUUGUCUUCACCAUCUUGCUCCAUUCCUUGUUGACGAGCAAUUUCUAUUUCGUUUUCAGAAUCCAUAUCAACAGUAUCAUAAUUUUGACUUUGAUUGUUCAUAUCUUCAUCGCCUUCUUCGUCGCCCUGCUGUACAUCUUGUGGGUCGUAUGCAUCAGCGUCCGGCUCAGUCAGAAUAGCUUCGACUUGGAAAGAUGCUAUUUCUGGCUCAGAAAUCAGUGUCUCCGGACUUUCAGGACCAGAAUUAAGAAUUUCUGGUUCGGAAACCAAAACUUCAGGUUUCGAGGUUAACAAGGUCUUUAGAAUUUGUGGUUCCUUUUUCUUAGUUUGUAAAUCUUUGAGCGCUUUAAUACGUAAUGGAUAAGGCAAAUUAUUUGGCGUCGUUUUUAACGUCUUUAUUGGAAUGGGUUUCUGAGGCUUUAUAACUUUGUUUGCCGGCACAAUUUUGGCCGGGAUGUUUUUGUUUAAAAAUUGCAUCUUAUGACUAAUAGGAUUCGGCAUCAUCCGUGCUUUGGGAUUGAAUGGGUUUGGUCUGAGUUUGGGUUGUAGAUGAGUGAGUGUUUUCUUGGGCGUAAUUUUGUUUGUAUAUCUGUCGAAGCUAUGAGCGGUAAGUUCAUGUCGACGAGCAUUAUGAGAGUAUCUAUAUGAGCGACCACAGACUAGACAGUCUUUUGAGGCUAACUGGUGAAUACCUUGACGGGCAUGCAGGGUUUCGCCGGUAGGCCUCAUGACUGUGAUAGACACCUCCGGCAUAUGCGGCACUUUCGGGUAUGUCUGUGCAGGUUCAGGUUCAUUAGUUUCUUCCUCGUCUUCGUCAUUAUUCUCACUCUCCGCACCCUG